AUGACAAGAGAUGAACUUGAAUUUGAGGCUGCAAUUUCACUACACUGUGAGGAAGCCAUUGCAGAGGGUACUGAACCUUCCUUUCUGCUACUUCUCUUGGCAGAUGUGAACAGCAAGGAAAUGAAAAGUGGAAACCAGACUUCUGUGCAUCACUUCAUUUUGGUGGGUCUGCACCACCCACCACAGCUGGGUGUACCACUAUUCCUAGCCUUCUUUGUCAUCUACAUCCUCACUGUCUCUGGAAAUGGGCUCAUCAUCCUCAUAGUCUUGGUGGAUAUCCAGCUCCACCGCCCCAUGUACUGGUUCCUAUGUCACCUUUCCUUCCUGGAUAUGACCGUUUCCUCUGUCAUUGUCCCCAAGAUGCUGGCUAGCUUUCUCUGGGAUAGUAGAGUUAUCUCCUUUGGGGGCUGUGUAAUCCAAUUAUUUUCUUCCCACUUUCUGGGCUGCACUGAAUGCUUCCUUUACACACUCAUGGCUUAUGACCAUUUCCUGGCAAUAUGUAAGCCUUUACACUAUGCCACCAUCAUGACCCGCAGUGUCUGUACCUACUUGGCUUUUGGCACCUGGUUUGGAGGCACACUCCACUCACUCUUCCAAACAAGUUUCACAUUCCAUCUGCCCUUCUCUGGCCCAAACCGGGUAGACUACUUCUUCUGUGACAUUCCUGCCAUACUACACCUGGUCUGUACUGACACCACCAUCAAUGAGCUGGUCACCUUUGUGGACAUUGGCUUCCUGGCCCUCACCUGCUUUGUGCUCAUCCUUACUUCUUAUGGCUACAUAGUAGCUGCCAUCUUAAGAAUUCAUUCUGCAGAUGGGUGCCACAAUGCCUUCUCCACUUGUGCUUCUCACCUGACUGUUGUAAUUGUUUACUAUGUUCCUUGAACCUUCAUUUACCUGUGGCCUGGCUCACAGGAGCCCCUAGAUGAGGUGGUAGCUGUCUUCUACACUGUCAUUACUCCCUUGCUUAACCCCAUCAUCUACACACUCCGCAAUAAAGAGAUGAAGGCAGCACUGGGGAGGCUGGGAGGCUGCAAAGAUGUGUAGCCUCACUGA